AUGGCUGAAUGUUUGAUAUAUAAACCCAUUAAGUUGGUCGAUACUUAUAAAACAAAAGAUGAUGCUCAAAAUUUUAUUGUUUUAUGGUUGUAUUCAUCAGAUUCCAGUACAAACAAUGAGGAGGAGGAGAUUUAUAUUAAACUAAAAAAAAUUUUUAAUUAUGUUAAAAAAUUUGAUAGAGCAGUAGAUUGCAUUUCCUAUAUUCUUGAAAAGAAAAGAAUGCAAUUUAUAUUGAUUGUUUCUCACACAUCCGCUAAAUAUUUCAUUCCAAUAAUACAUGAACAGUUAUCAAUUAUUGAUAUUUAUAUUUAUUGUAAAAAUCAAAAGGAACAGCAACAAUGGAUUGAAAAAAGUUAUUUAAAAACACAAAAUAAAAUUUUUAUUGAUCAGACUUUAUUAUUUCAAGAAUUAGAAAAUUUUGUCUUGAAGCAAAAUAGUAGAACUGAUUUAAUUUCUAAUGAAACGUCACCAUUAAUAAGUUAUUUCAAUGAAACUGAAAUAAUAAAUUAUUCAAUAAAAAAUUUAGAUAAACAAUCAAUUGAAUUUAUUAAAUUUCAGUUAAUAAUUGAAGUGCUUCUUCGUAUGCCAACAACACGCAGAGCAAAACAGACAAUGAUUGACGCUUGUCGUGAUUAUUAUAAGGAUAAUGCCGCAGAACAAAAGAAUAUAAAAAUUUGA